AGGAAAGAACAAGAGGGACGCGGGAUCGGCCUUUUAUGGGGGAAAAAAGAAAAGGAGGUUCAAAAGAAGGAAAGGUUGAAGAAGGAAUUCGAGCGGAAAGGGAACGAGAAAGAGAAAUUAAGGUGAAUUCGGGAUCUUCGCCUACGCAAGUGGAGAUCGUUGGCCGGAAAGAGGGAGCGAAGAGAACGCUAGGGUUGCCGCAGAGGCGAGCUGUGAGAGCCUCCGCGGCGGCGCCUUGUUCAGCUCCGCUGCCAUUGUUGUCGCCCGUCGUAGGUAGUAGGGAAGAAGUGGUAAGAGGUACCGAGAUCGAGAGGGAGGGAGGGAGAAAAGAGGAGCGGGCUGUCCGGUCUCCAUUAUCGCCACCACCGCCACCAAGCUUCGUUCUCCGUCGCUCUCGUCGCUGCUGCCGUUCCUCUCUUCCCGCUUCAUAUUCGUUGCUCUGCGGCCCUCGGAUCGUCCAGUAGUUUGGGUUGACCUCGUCCUUCUGAUGGAUUGUUAGGCAGGGAUCUAGGCACAUAGUCUAGUACUUGCUGCUUUCUUCUGCCUGCUUUAUCACGUAAAUGGGCUGCUUUAGCUCCAAGGUACUUAGGCAGUUUCCAGGACACGAGGAUCCAGUAGCUCUUGCUUCACAAACAUCUUUUCUGUGGAGUGUAAUUCAGUCCUUGGCAUUAUUUUACUUCACUUUGGUGCGUCUUUGUUGCCACUUUAUAUCGUUCCAGGUGGAGGAUGCUUGGUCUCUCUUUUAUGACAGUUUAGCAUUUAAUCCAAGUCUAAGUCUAAUUGUAUCAAGUUUAUGCAACCUCCUGAUCAUAUGCCACUUUUACUGUGCUGUUUCUUCGUGUUUGGUGGUUAUGCUUUCUGGUUUUGGAUUAUUGAAGUCUCUAAUUUGUUUCAUUUGAGUUUCUUAGUCAGUGUUAGUGAAGUUGAAGCACUGUUUGAACUAUUCAAGAGCAUUAGCAGUUCCGUUAUUGAUGAUGGGCUGAUAAGCAAGGAAGAGUUCCAGUUGGCUCUUUUCAAGAACAGAAAGAAAGAGAACCUCUUCGCAAACAGGAUAUUUGAUUUAUUUGAUACUAAGCACAAAGGUGUGAUUGAUUUCGGGGACUUCGUUAGAUCACUCAAUGUGUUCCAUCCUAAUGCCCCACAAGAAGACAAGAUUGAUUUUUCAUUUAAACUCUAUGAUCUGGAGAACACAGGAUAUAUUGAACGUCAUGAGGUUAGACAAAUGGUGAUUGCUCUUCUUUGUGAAUCCGAUAUGAAGUUAACCGACGAGACCAUCGAGAUAAUUCUUGACAAGACCUUCUCGGAAGCUGAUAUAGACAACGAUGGGAAGAUAGACAAGAGCGAGUGGCAUAACUUCGUCUUCAAGAAUCCAUCUUUGCUAAAGAUAAUGACCCUUCCCUACUUGAGGGAUAUUACCACUACAUUCCCAAGUUUUGUUUUCAACUCAGAGGUGGAUGAGAUUGCUACCUGAGGUGUAAAAAAAAAGAGAAACAGAAGUGAAAAGCUGAACACUUCUUGCUGAUGCAAGUUGCAGUCUAUGCGAAAGAUUGGCUGUUUAAUCCAUGGAAAUAGAGAUUAGUAGUGAUAUUUAGCGGGUGCCGGGUAUUGAUGAUGUGGCGGGGUGCGAGUGAUCUGAUUCUCUAUUUUUUUUGUUUAUUUCUUUUUUGGUCCACUUAUUUCUAACAUCUUACAGAAUUCGGCCUGUAUUUGAGCCCUCGCUACAUACAAAAGAAGAAGAAAAACCGUAUUUCCCUGUUACGGAGUUUUGGGUUUGAUGUUCCUACUUGCAGAGGAAAUGAGGGUGUAUACCCAUAUCAUAAAUGUUCUUUUUGAGCUUGUGACUAGGGGUGUCCAUUCGUGUU